AUGUCCCCGCAGGACCAAGAGAUGGCAUGCGCCGCAGCACAUGAAGACUUUGGUCGUCAUCAACAAACGCCCAACCAUCAACGAACAGCAGUAACCAAAUGCGACAUCCUCAUCAUAGGCGCCGGCGCCGGCGGCUUGGCUGCGGCGGCAGCUGCGCAUGACCAAGGGCUCAGAGUCAUCCUGGUGGAGAAGGAAGGUCAUGUUGGCGGCACAACUUUCAGGUCCGGUGGCUGCAUGUGGAUGCCCAACAAUUUUCUCAUGCAGGAAACUGGCAUCGAAGAAAGCAAAGAACAAGCCGCACGCUACAUCAAUGCUGUGGCAAAACUUGGAAGCCCGGUCCUUGAGGAACAAGCCGUUCAUGUGGACCUGCGUGAUAAGCGCCUCGACGCUUUUUUGAUGCAGGGGCCCGAGAUGAUGAGAUACUUUAGAGACCAGGGUUUCCGAUGGAUGGCCAGACCGUCCCAGUUCCCAGACUAUCACCCGUACGUUGACGGUGCGGUCGAGCAUGGCCGCACCUUGGACCCAGCGGUUUUCGAUGCGGCAAGCCUGGGCCACUACCAGAAGUACCUUCCGAAGCCAGAUGGUGCCCCUGUGGUCCCUAGGUUUGAGGACUUCCGGGUCUUGACAAGGUUGCGUUCUUCAAGACCUUGUCCUGCGGAAGCCUCGGCUCUUCCAAAGGGGAUGGUGAGGCCCAUGUCCAUGGGACGAUCGCUCAUCGCUCAGCUUCUCAAGGUGUGCAAGGAACACGACAAUGUAGAGAUUUGGACUGGGUGGGAGCUGAGCGAACUCUUGCUAUCUGAUCACGAUGGAGGCGUGGUAGGAGCAAGAGUUCACCGCGGAGGCGGUGAGGAACACGUCAACAUACACGCAUCGUUGGGUGUGAUCUUAACCACAGGAGGUUUCUCCCAGAACCAGAAAAUGAGGGAUGCAUACCUCGGGGGAACAACCACUAAGGAGACAACUUCGUUCAUGUCGACCAGGGCUGAAUGGAGCCUAGCAUCUAACGGGGACGCUGGCAUCGCGCUGCAAGCCGGACUGAAGAUUGGUGCUGGUAGUGCACAGCUUGGUCAAGUCUGGGGUAUUCCCACCAUGGUCGAUCCCAGGACGGGAAAAGUGACGGAAGCCAUGUUUGCGAUAUCCAAGCCAUUCUCCAUCGUCGUUGAUGCAUCUGGCUGUCGCUUCUUUUCCGAGUCCCAACCCUACGGUGAGACAGUGAGGUCCAUGUACAAGAGAGCGAGUGAGGACGCGGGAGCGGCCACAUUUUGGCUUGUCUUUGACCGGCAAUACAGCAGAAGGUAUCCUAUCGGGAGCCUCAAGAGCGCCUGGCAGACCGAACAAGCCAUCAAACAAGGCUUUCUCUCACGAUCCGAUACUAUUGACGGCCUAGCUGAGCAAAUGAGGGUACCGAAGCACAGCCUGCAGGCGACAGUAGGCGAGUGGAAUGCAAUGUGUGAUCAGGGUAGGGACAAACAUUUCCAUAGGGGCGAGGACAAGUACCAGAAGUUCAUUGGCGAUCCAACCGUGGAGCCAAACCCAUGUAUGGGUCCUGUCAGUAAAAGCCCCUUUUACGCCAUCCGGAUCUUUCCCGGUGAUGCCGGCACGCAAGGCGGCCUUGAGACUGACCAGCACGGAAGAGUACUCAGGGCGGAUGGCAGCGUGAUUUCUGGUUUAUUUGCUGGCGGCAACGCAUCAGUUGCCCUACUUGGAACUCAGGGGGCGGGAACGACACUCGCCCCUGCGAUGACCGAGGGCUUUGUCGCGGUGAGAUACAUGCGGCAUUUGGCCGACGGCGGUGGCGUCCUGCUCACGGAUGAGAAUGACGAUGUGGUCUAUUAG